GAGUAGAUAAGGUUUAGGAGGGAAUUUAUUCAUAUAUAGUUUUUUAUACUUUACGGUUUUAAACCAUGUCAAUAUAUUAUCUAUUGUCAAAAAAUUACCUUUUUGAAAGCUAUGGUUGUGGAGACAAGAAAGAAUUAUCUUCUGCUUGAUAUAGUUUCACUUCAUUAUUACUUUUUGAUCCCUUAGGUUUUCUAAAUUAAGACCACAGGAUAUAAAUCUAACACUUAGUAGAAAAAUGCCAACUUUUAUUAAUUCCAAUAUGUUUAUAUGGUUCUGUCUUCCAACUUCGGUGGUGGAAGAAAAUGGUAUUCGCAAAAUUAUCAUUGUGCCUCAGACAUCUGACUAUCACACAACCAUGCCUGCUCCUAUACAACAAGUACCACACUUCAUUACACCAUCCUCUCCUAUAUAUCCACAAGGUGCUCAACUUAUGCAUCCCCCAACUCAAGGGGAAUUUCCACCACCUUACAUCAAAGAGCCUAUGCCACAGCAGCUGCCACCACCACCGCUACCACCACCAGCAACAGUUAUAUACCACGAGCAACAAGAAACUUAUUCCCAUGGAAGAGCAAAUUAUAACCAGUUUGAUGAAAGGGCUGCUAAAAUGGAAGAACAUAUGAAGAAAAAUCUGGGAGAAUGUCAAGGUGGCGUACACAAUAGCUAUAUGGUUAACAACACCUCUUUGCUUGUGAACAAAACCAAUGAUUUCUCCAGUAUUCCUCCUACUCCAAGCACUUACACUGUGGACUAUGCUCCAAGUACCUACACUGUUGACAAUACCUUAAGCACCUACGCUGUGGAAAAUACUACACAAACCUACACUGUUGACAAUACAUCAAGUGCCUACACUGUAGACAACACUUCAAGCACUUUCACUGUGGACAAUAGUCCAAGUAUGUACACUGUAAACAAUGCUCAGAACACCUACACGGCUGACAAUACUCUCAGUGCUUACACUGUUGACAACCCUCCAAGCACUAACAUUGCUGAUAAUACUCCUAGCAAUUCUUCCACUGACCAUGUCCCUAGUACUCCCACUACAGACAGUGCUCUUCCUUCCACAAUUGAUAGUGUUCCAAACCCUUCCAGCACUAAUUAUGUCCCCACGGCUUCCACUUCUGACAGCACUCCCAAACCAUCACCUAUUGACAGCACUCCAAGCCCUUCCAUUUCUGGCCAUGCUUCUAACACUCCCAUCUCUGAAAGUGCUCCCAGCACUCCCAUCUCUAAAAGUGUUCCCAGCACUCCCAACUCUGAAAGUGCUCCCAGCACUUCGGCCAUUGACAGUGAUCUCACUGCUUCCAAUGCUGCCAGCAAUUCCAACACCGUCAGUGCUCAUGUUGAGACUAGCCAUGGAAAGAAAUGGAGUGCUACAAGAAGUAGAGACAUCAAGCAGAAACCAGAUGGAAAACAAAACAAAGCAUCAUCAAAUGCUGCAGAAAAAGAAUGCAUAACAGAACGUGGAAAGUCAUGCUGUUUCAGCAUUGAGAAACCUAUAGUUUCUGAUAUUCAAACAAGAUCUGCUGUUAUUUCAUGGAAACUACAUGGUUCUAAGAAGUGUAAUCACACCAAAUCUCCUGUGACAUUUGAACUGGCAAUAUCUAACAGUGGUAAAAAUGGAAACUAUAAAAAUCUAUAUAUUGGUGAUGGAGUUACAUUUACUCUACUUGAUCUACAACCAUCCAUGGCCUAUUUUGUAAGAAUCACAACCAUAAGAGGCUCAGCACACAGAACUGUGUCUGAACUGGUUAGCUUCACAACUCCAGGUUGUGAACCAGACCCUCCACCUGCACCCAAACUAAUUAACCGAUCCAAGAGCAGCCUGAAUUUACAGUGGAAAGGUUCCAAUGAUAAUGGUUCCAAAAUAAAUGGCUUCCUUUUGGAAUGGGAUGAGGGCAAAGGUGAAGACUUCAAAAGUUGCUAUACGGGUACCAUGAAACAGUACAAAAUCCUUAAACUAAAUGCUUCUACAAAAUAUUCAUUCAGAAUAGCUGCCAAAAAUAACUUUGGCUUGAGUGAUUUCAGUGAAAUAGCAGUUUUCCAUACAUCAGGAACUAUGCCUCCAACACCUUUACCUCCUAAGCUAAAAGAAGCAGGAAUCUGUAAUUUGACACUAGAAUGGUGUGCUCCAACUAACACAAACCCAAAUGACAGUCUUACUUAUGUACUAGAAAUGGAGGAAGAAGGAUCUGGCUUGGGUUUUAAACCUAAAUAUAAUGGAGAAGACCUCUCAUGCACUAUAAGAAAUCUUCAGAGAAGUACUACAUACAAAUUUAGGAUUUUUGCCUACACUUUGGAAGGAAGGAGUAACCCCAGUGGAGAAGUAAAAUACACUACUUGUCCAGAUAAGCCUGGAUCCCCUAAAAAACCAUAUAUAAAGGGAAAGAUCUAUGCACACAGAGUAAAAAUUGGAUGGGAACCACCACAAGAUAAUGGUGGGACAUACAUUUCAAGUUACAGUUUAGAAGUUAGUGAAAAUUCAAAUGUGAAUUCCUGGAAGAUAAUCUACAAUGGAACCACAAAGGAAUUUCUAUAUGAUCACCUGCAACCUGGUACUACAUAUAAACUGAGAGUCUUUUGUACUUCACCUAUAGGUCAAAGCCAGCCUUCAGAUAUAUUGACUAUUCAAACACCUAAUCUUUCUCCUGCAUCUUGCCAUCCUCCACCCUUGAAUGGUGCGGCAAAGACCAGAGAAAACAACAUCAAAUGUGACAAUCCUCCCACUAAUGGAAACUUGGAAGCAUUUGCAAAUGUCAAAAAGGCAGAAGGUAUCCAAGAUGACAAACGAAGGCACCCUGGCUCCAAAGUGAGAUGCACAUCUGGAUUUCAUUCAAUGAAGUGUGAAAGUGCACCAGUCCCAAGCCCUCCUUCUCAAUGUGGUACACCUAUGGUAACCUGCAAGGGUCCAACCUGCAUUGCUGUUAGCUGGGAGAUUCCUGUAUGUAAUGGUGCCGAAAUCACAGAUUACAGACUAGAGUGGGGAAAAGCUGAAGAAUUGAUGCACUUGAUAUAUACUGGCCCUUGUCUGAGCUAUGAAGUUAAAGGUCUCAUUCCUGCAACUACAAAUUCUCUUUUCCUAGCACCUAAAUUACAGCAUGUGAAUAGUAAUACCUGUGAGGUCAAAUGGGAGCCUUUGGAGCCAAUAAAAGGAGAUCCAAUUGUUUACAACCUUCAAAUCAUCACUGAUAAAGGAACUGACCUGAUUUACAAAGGACCAAACACUUCAUUCUCCUUUUCCAAAUUUGUCACAAAUUCACAUUAUCGCUUCAAGGUCUGUGCUGGACGCCAAUACCACACUUCUGAUGGGAUACAAGAGUUCUGGGGACCAUAUAGCCCCAGCACUCUUUUCUCCACACAUAAGCAACAUCCAGGGCCUGGAAAAGGCAGUGAUGGAAAGGGGGGAAACAGCCCUAGUGAAGAGAAAGAAGAAAAGCCCAGAAUGGAGAUGAGUGAUGAUACAUUUAUUCUAAUCCUUGUGAUAGGAUUUGCACUAGUUGCUAUUUUGUGUGCUGUUGUAAUUCAAUAUUUUCUAAUCAACUAAUUUUUAUGCACUUUACCUUUUUAGGAAGUUCUAAAACAAAUUACAUCAAAUAUAGAAAUUUCUAGAUACAUCUCAAUUCUUACUUAAAGUAAAUCUCACUUGGUAGAAAUCCUUGUGAACAUUCACCUAACAGCAAAAGAACUGCUUUAUACUCAAGAAAUUCAUUGUGACAAUAUAAGAGAUUUUAUUAGGAAAUGGGUCUAUUUUAAACUUGAGAAUGUUAGCAAUAAAAACAGUUCCACUAUUAUGUAAAACUAUCUAGAAUUUCUCAUGAAAACCAUUUCCAGCCUUAAUUUUUCUAAUUAAUAUUUCGCAAUUUUUUUUAGAAUUAUGAGAGGAUAACAGCAUUUUGGAAUUUUAUUUAGAAAAAAGUGGGAAAAUCAAUUCUAUAUGUCAACUUACAAUCAUAUGAAAUAAUAAAAACAUAU